CAAAGAGUCACCGCCGAAAGUGGCGUUUGAUCUCCUCUCCAGAGUUCCCAAUAAGAUCUCUCCUUUGUCUUCAGUAAAACCCUGCCAGAGGGAUUCUGCGGAAGGGGUGAGCCGAAAGGAGCGAUCUUGGGAUGGCGAGUUGGGCCAUAUCUUCCGGAUACGGUGGCUUCAGACCCCUUCCCGCCGCCUUCCGUCGUUCCGGAUCCGGCCUCCGAUACCCCGUUGGUAUCACGCCUUUGAGAAGCGUCUCCGGCGGUGACGGAUUGCCCGGCUCCUUCCGCCCCGUGGGGCUUGGCCGCCUUAGCGGAUGGGCGUUGGGGGUGAGCGCGCCGGCGAGGGUGCUGACCUUGAAUGAGGAGGCGGCGAACGGGGAACCGAGGGACGAGGGUGCGGGAAAGGCGGAGGCUUUCGAUCCCGGGAUGCCGCCUCCGUUCGGGCUGACGGAAAUCCGAGCCGCCAUUCCGAAGCACUGCUGGGUAAAGGAUCCAUGGAGGUCGAUGAGCUACGUGGUCCGCGACGUCGUCGUCGUGCUCGGGCUCGCCGUGGCGGCGGCGCGGCUCGACAACUGGAUCAUGUGGCCACUCUAUUGGGUGGCGCAGGGAACCAUGUUCUGGGCACUCUUCGUUCUCGGCCACGAUUGUGGCCAUGGGAGUUUUUCUAACAAUCCGAAGCUGAAUAGUUUUGUCGGCCACCUACUCCACUCUUCCAUUCUCGUGCCUUACCAUGGAUGGAGAAUUAGUCACAGAACUCAUCACCAGAGCCAUGGACAUGUUGAGAAGGAUGAAUCCUGGCACCCGGUGAAUAGAUCUCUCAUUUCAACAAGAAUUGUUGUGGAGUUACUAGUAGCCUUUUAUCGAGUCGUUUUCUUAAUGUUGAACUUAUUGCAGUUGUCAGAAAAAGUGUACAAGAGUUUGGACACUCUAAGUCGGGUGCUAAGGUUCACAAUGCCAUUCCCUUUGUUAGCUUUCCCAUUGUACUUGUUUGCAAGGAGUCCAGGGAAGAGUGGCACACACUUCCAUCCAAGCAGUGGCCUCUUCCUUCCUAGUGAAAAGAAGGAUGUUAUAACAUCAACUGCUUGCUGGAUCGCCAUGCUAGGGUUGCUUGUAGGGUUGACUUGUUUCAUAAGCCCCAUUAAGAUGUUAAAACUUUAUGGAAUCCCCUAUGUGUUCUUUGUUAUGUGGUUGGAUUUUGUCACAUACUUGCAUCACCAUGGACAUGAAGACAAGCUUCCUUGGUACCGUUCAAAGGAAUGGAGUUAUCUUAGAGGCGGUUUGACGACAUUAGAUAGGGAUUAUGGAUGGUUUAACAACAUCCACCAUGAUAUUGGGACUCAUGUCAUACAUCAUCUCUUCCCCCAGAUACCGCAUUACCAUCUCGUGGAAGCUACUGAAGCAGCUAAACCAGUGCUUGGAAAAUACUAUAGGGAACCAAAAAAAUCUGGGCCUUUGCCGCUCCAUUUGUUCAGAGUCUUAGCAAGAAGUCUGAAUAAUGAUCGCUUCGUACCUGAUACUGGAGAUGUCGUGUAUUAUCAGACAGAUGAUCGAUCAUGCAGUUCUUGAGAAAUUGAGUUGUGAUAGAAGCAUGUUGGGAUGAACCACAAGCUCUAUAUCGCAUAAAAGUCAGAUUCUUUGUUCAUGGUUUCAUAUUCAUGGAAGAUAUUGCUCUUGGUAACGUGGGGGCUGACAAGAAAAAGGUUCCCCCUGUUUACUAUUCGUCAACAUAUAUACUGAGAUUGUAUCAGAAAUAGUUAUGCAUGAAUAAUAUAGAAGCAAAGAUAUUUUGCUCUC